AGCGUCGCACGUCAUGAAACAGGACUGACCAGACUGAUCAUAGCGCACGACGCAAAUGUUAAGGUUAUUUUAUUUAUUUUAUUAUUUUGGAACCGUGAUUGGAAAAUCUGCAAAUUUGUGACAUGAGGUGCUGUGUGCCUGGAUGUGGACAGGAGAGUGAAAAGGAGAUUUCAUUUCAUAGAUUUCCAGUAAGAGACCCGAAUCGAUCCCAACUGUGGAUUAAUAAAAUAUAUGCGUUUUUGGAAAUGCAUAACUGCGAACGUGGAAGAUUAAAACAGAAAAAACAAUCUGUUUUGUGUUCAAAACAUUUUCUCAAUAGCGACUACCUUGUUACAGCAAGUGGCCGUAUGUUGAAAAUUUCAGCGUGUCCUUCAGUCUUUUCGUAUGAUCCUAAUGCUCUGAAACGACGGAACAGGCAGUCUAAAUCAAGCUCCGAAAUACCUGUAUCUCAUAGAUUGCACUAUAUUUUUCCGAAAGAAAUCGGUGAACUGGAAGGUACAAAAGUAAUGGUUACAGAGUGCGAGGAAGAAAACAAAAAGAAUGUCUCAUGUACUCAAGAAUCGGCACUUGAAGAAUUUAUGAUCAAAAAAGCAACAGUAAAGGAACCGAUGAUCAAAGAAAGUACAAUCGAAGAACCAAUACUCAAGAAAGCUAAAGUUGAAAAACCAAUGCUUGAAGAUAUGGUUGAGGCACCGAUGCUCGAUCAAGGUACAAAUGCGUGCACCAGAUGCUUAUCAUUGGAAAAAGAAGUCCAGAGGUUACAGGAAAGCAUAGCUAGUCUGGAAAAAGUAGUUCAGCUGCAGUCCUGCAGUGUACGUGACAUUUCUUCGCCUCGUCAGGAAGAAUUGCUGCAGGGAUCAAAUACUCCCACUACUACAACACGACUUGCACACCAUGAUCACCGUUAUGCAAGCACUCCACGAAGCUUGCGACGAAAGUUAGAUUUUUCGCACGCCCAGAAAAUUAUGAUGGAGAAAACAGCUCGUUACACAAUGAAGAAGUUUCGUCGAUUGAUGAUAACAGUGUCGCAGUUAAAAAAUUUGCUGAAGUCUAUGAAGGAAGAAAUGAUCGCUAGGCCGGAAGUCGUAGAUCAUCUGGAGCAAGUAUUUGGUGGAUCUCCCCUACAACUUUAUAAAAGGUGUGUCCAGGUAAAUGCCGCUGGUGGGAAGAGAGUCACCAAGAAAUAUUCUACUACUUUGCGUGCUUUCGCUUUAACAUUGCACUUUUAUUCUCCUCGAGCAUAUGCUUUUGUCCGUGAAGAGUUUGGCUUGAACUUACCUCAUCCAAGUACAUUGCGUAGUUGGUACAAUGAAGUCAAAGACGAUCCUGGGUUUACAGAUGAAUCUUUUUCGGCCCUUAAAAUGAAAGUAAAUGAAUAUUCAUCAAUUGGAAAAAGUUUAUAUUGCUCCUUGAUGCUUGACGAUAUGCACAUUAAAAAGCAAGUCGAAUGGGAUGGCAAUAAGUUUCAUGGUUUUUGUACCAUGCAUAAAAACGAUACAGAAGAAUGUCACGUUGCCACUCAAGCACUUGUUUUAUGGCUAAAAGCUACAUGAAAUCCAACAAGCCGAGGGAUUGCGAGCAGGCAAUAAAAUAAGAAAGGCGCACAUUGAGUGGAAAAAAUCGCCAAUGAAAGUAAAUCUCGCUGCUCAGACACUUAGUUCCAGUGUCGCCGACGCCAUAGACUUCUGUCGUGACAUCGGAGUGGCUGGUUUCGAAGGAAGCGCACCGACCACUGACUUCAUUCGAAAAAUUGAUCAAUGGUUCGACAUCGUGAACAUCAGAAAUCCGCUAGGUCGCGGUUUUAAGGCUCCACUAUCAACAAAGAAUGAAAGCAGCUGGAGGCCAUUUCUGCACGAUACGAUUCAAUACAUCUCGUCACUUCGGCUGGAAAACGGAACUCGUAUGGUCGACAGUUCAAGGAAAACUGGUUUCAUUGGCGUCAUUUUAUCCUGCGAAACAAUAGUUUGUAUAUUUGAUCAAUUAGUAGGAAGUCACGAAACCCACUUGAAGUACCUCCUUACGUACAAAAUGUCGCAAGAUCAUCUCGAGUUAUUUUUUAACGUAAUCCGAGCUAGAGGACGAUGGUGUGUUAAUCCUACAUCUCGCCACCUGUCUUCGGCUUACAAACGUCUACUAGUGAGGCACCAAGUAAAGGCUUCAAAUGGCAAUGUGACUGCCAUGGAGAAAACUACGAUUCUCUUUGCGACUCGAAAUUCUGUUACUCGGUAUCGAGACACCGUAGCCCAAUGCGAUACCUUAACAUGUGCGUUGUCUCGCGCCUACGCCACUGAUGACAACUCUACCGACAAGAAAACAGAACGCUCAAAUAAUCUGGACGCUCUACCUUUGAAUAUCAAUGGGAAACAAGAUGGAGUCAACGACGAAGAAUUGAUGGAGUUAGAUUCAGAAAUGCCUCAAAAUUAUUUUCAGUUAUCCGAAUUUGCCGAAAAUGUAGUUGCGCUAAUAGCAGGUUACGUUGUGCGAAUGGUGUUUAAAUGAGUUCAUUGCAUAUCUUGUUGUUCUGUUCUCUACAAUGGAAACCCCAACGACAAUAGGCUUCAGCUAAUUUUUCAAAAAUCGAAUGGCGGCCUCAUACUUCCUUCUCCCGACGUCAUAGCGAUCUGUAGUAUGACUGAAAAGAUGUUUCGAAGAGUUAGCCAUGAGUUGCCUAUGGAUACGCCAGGAUUCAAUCACAUUGUAGCGAAUGCAGUAUUCGCCAAUCUAGCUACGAAAAAUUUGUUUUCGGAACUAAGCGAUCACAUGUUCGAUAUGUCGGAAGAAGAAAACCAUAUACAUAGUC